AUGAAAGCAAACAGACCACUGAACUACAACCUGAGGAAUAGGACUCCGAGCUUCCUAACCUCACCAGAGGAUACAGAGACAGGACAACACUCCCAGUAUAAUACCGCUGAGUCGCAGCAGCAACCAACGUUGGACAACGCUGCUGGCCAUCAAGAAACUGGGGCAGACCAUCCUCUUGUGGAAACAGAGGAACAAAUUUACUUGAGUGAAACCAGCUUAUCAGCUGAGGACGUGCAGGUUCAUUUUAACAAGCCUGCAAUCACCAAAGAAGCAGAGCCACAAACAGAGGAUCGUGAAAACAUCGCAGCUGAGGAUACAGAGCAUCAACACAUUGAUUCUCGAGACGCAGAGAGAACCGAAGAUCAGCAGUUUUCUGAACAACUUUAUAUCAGUGAUAGCAUUCCAUCAGAUUCAAUUAACCUAACAAACAUGGCUACUAUUGCCCAAUUAUCAAAAUUUAAUGGCACUGAAUCACCAUGUAUUGGGUUAUCCAAGCUCAGUGCGUGGCAGAAGUUCCAUAGGAUCACUGACAAUGCUGUUCUUGACUAUAUUCCUUGUCUUCUAGAUGGCAGCGGUGGAACAUGGUUUCAGACCAUCAACCCAGGACAGUUUCAAAACUUACAAGGGUUCAAGGAUCGUUUUAAUUGAAAGAUUUUAACCAUCUGCGCAAAAGACUGCCAUGCUUAGUAUAAAAC